UCCUCUGGUCAAGGUUGCACUUGCAGUAAUCGCAGUAGGACGCGACUGGAGCUCCACUAACGCACAGACAGCGCAGCAGAGUGAUCAGCUGCUGUAACUUCUCCUGUUUGCACACCACUGAGGAAUCUCUCACCAAACACAAGCAGCCAUGGAUGAAAUGGAGGAAGAGUUAAAAUGCCCUGUUUGCGGCUCUUUUUUCCGGGAGCCCAUCAUCCUGCCGUGCUCCCACAACAUUUGCCUGGCGUGUGCUCGGAAUAUUCUUGUGCAGACCCCCGACGCUGAGUCCCCACAGAGCAGCCGAGCCUCCGGAUCCGGCGUCUCCGACUAUGAUUACCUGGAUUUGGAUAAAAUGAGUUUGUACAGUGAGGCGGACAGUGGAUACGGCUCCUACGGGGGCUUCGUCAGCGCUCCCACCACCCCUUGCCAAAAAUCACCAAACGGGGUGCGGGUUUUCCCCCCGUCUGUCCCCCAGCCUCCACCGCAACAGCACCUGCUACCGCAGCCCGGCUCUCUACCCCCGAUCCCCCGCAACUCCUGCAUCACAUGCCCGCAGUGUCACCGCAGCCUCAUCCUGGACGACCGGGGGCUCCGCGGAUUCCCCAAGAACCGGGUGCUGGAGGGGGUGGUGGACAGGUAUCAGCAGAGCAAAGCGGCUGCUCUCAAGUGUCAGCUGUGCGAGAAGAGUCCGAAGGAGGCAACCGUGAUGUGCGAGCAGUGCGACGUCUUCUACUGCGACCCGUGCCGCCUCCGGUGCCAUCCUCCCCGCGGUCCCCUCGCCAAGCAUCGCCUGGUGCCGCCGGCGCAGGGACGGAUAAGUCGCCGCGCCAGUCCACGCAAAAUCUCCACUUGCACGGAGCACGAACUGGAGAAUCUAAGCAUGUACUGUGUACAGUGUAAGAUGCCGGUGUGUUAUCAGUGUUUGGAGGAAGGCAAACACGGCACACAUGAAGUCAAAGCUUUGGGCGCAAUGUGGAAACUGCACAAGGGUCAGCUGUCUCAGGCUCUCAACGGCCUGUCAGACCGAGCCACCGAGGCCAAAGAGUUCCUGGUCCAGCUGAGAAACAUGGUGCAGCACAUCCAGGAGAACGGAGUGGAGUUUGAGGCCUGUUUGGUGGCGCAGUGCGACGCCCUCAUCGACGCCCUGAACCGACGCAAGGCCCAACUGCUGGCUCGAGUCAACAAAGAGCACGAACACAAACUGAAGGUGGUUCGGGAUCAGAUCUCCCACUGUACGGUGAAGCUGCGUCAGACCACAGGGCUGAUGGAGUACUGUCUGGAGGUCAUCAAAGAGAACGACCCCAGUGGUUUCCUGCAGAUCUCCGAUGCUUUAAUCCGGAGGGUCCUCAUGACAGAGGGACAGUGGGGGAAGGGAACCCUCACCCCCAGGAUGACCAGCGACUUCGACCUCACUCUGGACAGCGGACCCCUCCUGCAGACCAUCCACCAGCUGGACUUUGUCCAGAUGAAAGUCCCAGCUGCUCCCAUACUCCAGCUGGAGGAAUGCUGCACUCAGAACAACAGCGCCACAUUGUCAUGGAAACAGCCACCGCUCUCCACCAUCGCCGUGGACGGAUACAUCCUGGAGCUGGACGAUGGAAACAUGGGGCCGUUCAGGGAAGUGUACGUGGGGACGGAGACCAUCUGCACUGUGGAUGGGCUCCACUUCAACAGCACAUACAAGUCCAGAGUGAAGGCCUUCAAUGCCAGCGGAGUGGGCCAGUACAGCAAGACACUGAUCAUGCAGACCUCUGAAACUGGACUCCCUCCAUGUGAUAUUCAGUCUAUAGGCACAGUUGCCUGGUUCACCUUUGACCCUGCCUCCGCUCACCCGGACAUCAUCCUCUCCAACGACAACCUGACCGUGUCGUGCAACAGCUAUGACGACAGGGUGGUCAUGGGUAACUCUGCUUUCUCCCGCGGCGUUCACUACUGGGAAAUGACCAUCGAUCGCUACGACAACCACCCUGACCCGGCCUUUGGGAUCGCACGGGCCGACGUGCUGAAGGAUGUGAUGCUGGGGAAGGACGACAAGGCCUGGGCUAUGUAUGUGGACAACAACCGCUCCUGGUUCAUGCACAACAACUCGCACACCAACAGGACGGACGGUGGCAUCGGUAAAGGAGCUACAAUAGGAGUUCUGCUGGACUUCUCACGCGGGAUCCUCAUCUUCCUCAUCAAUGAUGAGCAGCAGGGUCCUGUGGCUUUUGAAUCCUUAGAGGGCGUCUAUUACCCCGCUCUCAGCCUCAACCGAAACGUCCAGGUCACACUGCACACCGGUCUACCCAUACCUGAUUUCUACACUCCCGGGGAGGCAGAUCCCAACGGCUCUGUGUGCUAAAGACUCACCACCACCCUCACCGGCUGGGGAAAACUUCUUCAGGAUUUCCCAGAAUUCAUCCUGCCAGUCAAUAACUAUGAUCCAAUCCUCCCCUACCCCGCCUCCUCUUGUCCCCCUGACCGACUGACCCCCUGACUCUCUGUAAGAGGUCCCAUCCAGCACUGAGCCAUGCCUUUAUCAUGCCUAAACCUUGGACACUUGGACCAUCUGCAGGACAAAAAUGGACGUGCUUUGCGAUGUGUACCUUGUAUUUUGACAUGAUACAGAUAAUUGAAGAAGGUGAUAUACCGUUGGAAAAUAAUCUCAAGAUGAUGGACUUGGCCUGAAGGAGUAGUUUUGGAAAAUACUCUUAUGUGCUUUCUUGCAGAGAGUUAAAUAAGAAGACACCACUAUCACGUCUGUACGCUAAAUAAGAAGCUACUGUUAGCAGUUGGUUAGCUUAGCUUAGCACAAAGACUGGAAAUGGGGGAAAACAGUUAGCCUUGCUCAUUAUAUUUCAUUUGUUUAUAAUAUGUACAAAGACAGAAGUGUAAAAAUAACAUUUUGCGGUUUGAUGGGCACAAAAUAUAUUCUCGGCAAGAAAGGCAAAUAAGCAUAUUUCCUAAAAUAUUGAACUAUUCCUUUAAUGGAAGGAGUUUGUUUUGUAAAUGAGUCGACUUAGAAAAAGUAGCCCCCCCUUCAUGCAUUCAACAUACUCUUCAUUCUUAUCCUUCUUUCUUAUAAAAUAUCUUGUACGUUGCUUUUCCUGCCAUUGAUCAUAAACAUCCUCACACAUCUUACACACCAGGGGGAGCAUGAGAGGUCGUCUUUUGUGUGUCUUAGUGAACGUGCGGGAGGUGGAUGGGUCAGCAGCUGCAAUGAUCCCUGGACGAGAGCAAUAGUCCAACUGUCAGCCGCGUCACUGUUGUACCCUCAUCCUUGUACAUGAGGCGCUUUUCUUAGUGGCUUAGCUCAUGUGAUCCUUCUGUAUCGUCUGUAAAAAUGAAAAAAAAAAAAUAGUGUAUAAAAUGCUACUGGAAGUGAGGCCUUCAUGCAGCCUUUCUCUGUGGUGCAGCUCUCAGAACAGGAGGGGUGAAUUUUGGUGUAAUGUAUCAUAAAAGCGAGCGAUUCUGUGCAUUCAAGUGUGUUGAAAGUGGGUUAAAGAUGAUGACUGUGAAGCUCUUUGAAUAAGGUGCUACAGCAGCUCGCUUCAUUCUGGCUUUUUUUACUGUAGGUGACUGGAUCCUGGUAGUUUUGUAAUAUUGUUAUUGAAAUGAUCUAUUGCAAAGAGGUGUAUAGCUAAAUAAGUUAUUGAUGUUCAGAGUUUUUUCAAUGAGAAUUCAUCAUUGUUCCUUUAUUUGAUGUAUAGUUAUUACAGAAGGAAAGAAACUAAAUCUUAUUUGUCGCUUUAAAAAUGUAGUUUGGAGUUUGCUUUCCAACUGAAGAGGCUUUUCAGUGAUUGUGAGAACCAGUUUAUGUCCGACUAAAGCAACAGGAAAGGUGGUGAUGUACUGGGACGUUCUUGUGGCAUCACAUUCGGGCAACAGUCUCCUCGACAGGCAACAACUACGCCAUGCUAGCCGCUGUGUGAUGCUGUACUUAGCCAUGCUAAAUGCUAAUGCUAGCAUGCUGACAUGCUCACAAGACAAUACUAACGUUGUUUUAUAACAGCUAUAUUUUUACCAUGUCCACCAUCUAGUUUAGCAUGCUAGCAUGCUAACAUUUCCUAAUGUGCAGUAUAAAGAAAGUACAGCUGAGGCUGAUGGGGAUGUCUUCAGUUUUGGAGGUAUUUUAUCAUUAUUAAAAGUAAAACAUUAAAGUGAUGGUGGGGCUGGAAACAAACAUUAAGUAAUCCCCAAGGUUAUUACAAUUUAACCUCUAAGGGACAUGAAUGUCUGCACCAAAUUACAUGGUAAUCCAUCCAAGAGUUGUUGAGAUAUUUCACUCAAAACCACAAACGUAGAACUCAUGAUGGCACCAGAAGAAAAGUUAGGGAAUCACUAAAGUCAUUAGGAAUUAUCCUCUGGGAAUACUGAAUGUCAGUACAAAAUUUUGUGCCAAUCCAACUGGUAAAUAUCAAGAUGGCUCACAGGAUAAGUAAGACAACUUCCACCAGCUGGUGGCACCAGAGGAAAAGUCAGGGGAGCACAAAGGUCAUUAGGAUCCAUCCUCUGAGGACAAUGAAUGUUCUACAAAAUAAUGUGCCAAUCCAACUGGUAAAGUAGAUUUGAGAUAUCUCACAAAGUAAGUUAAAACUUUGACCUGCUGGUGGCACCAGAGAAAAAGUGAGGGAAUGUAGAGAAGUCUUCAGGGUUCAUCCUCUGGGAACCGUGAGUGUCAGUACAACAUUUUAUGGCAAUCCAACAUACAGUUGUUGGUUUUUUUAUAUUUCGCCAAAACCACAUAUAUGGACCUCAUGGUGGCACUAGAGGAAAAGGUCGAGGGAUCACCAAAGUCAUUAGGGUUCAUUCUCUGGGGACCAUGAACGAUUGUAAGAUAUUUGGUGUCAAUCCAAUUGGUAGAUAUUGAGAUAUCUAACAGGAUAAGUGAGAACUUUGACCUGUCAGUGGUUCUAGAGGAAAAGUCAGGAAUGAAGAGAAGAAUGUAGGGUUCAUCCUCUGAGAACCACGAGUGUUAGUAUGACAUUUUAUGGCAAUCCAACCAAAAAUUGUGGAAAUAUUUCACCCAAACCCACUUAUGGAGGAAAAGUCAGGGGAUCACCAACGUCAUUAGGAUGUAUUCUCUGGGGACCACGAACGUCUGUAAAAUAUUUGGUGACAAGUGCUCACAGUCUAUCUCAAAGACUCACAGAUAUCUCAAAGUUCUCACAUAAGUGAAAACCUUGACCUUUCAGGGGUGCUAGAGCAAAAGUCAAGGAUUAAGAGAAGUCUGUAAGGUUCGUCCUCUGAGAACCAUGAGUAUCCACAUAAAAUUCCAUGGCAGCCCACCAAACAUUGUGAGAUAUUUCCCUCAAAACCACAAAAAUGAAACUUGUGGUGGCAUUAGAGGAAAGUAGGAUUCAUCUUCUGGGGGCCAUGAACAUCUGUACAAAAUGUUAAAGCAAUCCCUCCAGGAAUUGUUGAGGUAUUUCCAGCCAAGCCACUAGCAUGGCAAAAAAACUAACAGGAUUCAAAAUGUAGAGAGGUCACUUUAAGGAAACUGUUGCCCUUCAAGUUGCCCAGAAACAUUUCCCUGCGCAUUGUCGCCCUGAGACAUACCGUACAUGUCUAGCAUACAUAUAAGGUGCUAUCCUGUGUUUGAGCUUCAUGGGUGUGCCUUUUCCCCUCUUCGAUACCCAUAAGAUUUAUGAAACUUUGCUACAAACUCGAGUCAUUGCUUCGGCAGAGUCAACUGUAACAUCUGUGAUGCCUGACUUCACCUGCUGCUACAUAUUUUUUCUAUCGGCAAAAAGGGCAAACUCAACAACAACCAUUUUUGUUAUGGAUAUAAUAACGACAGUAUUGAAGGGACUGCUACAGUCAGGUGUCUUUCUUAUCUUUAUACAUCCUUUCUUUUCUCUAUUCCCCUGGGGUAACAUUGAUUGUAAAUUAUCUGGGGCUGAUACAUGGCUGCUAAAACGGCUGCACAAAUAUAAUUCUCAGUAUGUUACGUGCAUGUGUGCUGGCAAUGAUAAACCAGACGACUGCAGCAAUCAGCAAGCUGCACGGCCUUUGAUGCGAGGCUGGAUUCAAGCUUUGAUUUAUGCAACAUUUAAUUGGCAGUUUUUCAAGUUAAGCCUUUUGUGCGGGCUGUAAUUAUAAUAAUACAAAACCAGCCCAUUAAGCAGAGGGUCACUGAGUGGCGAGACCUUCUUCUGACUUGAACAGAGACAGAUGCAGCCAUUAUUGCGGACAAAAAUGGCUUUAAUUCAGCAAAACAGCUCAUUGAAGUGAUUUUCCACAUGUUCAGUAGGAGAUGACACACACCUCUGUCACGCUUCAACACAGAUUAUCUUCUCAUGGAACAUUUUCUGUCUUUGAUUGACAACAUAAAUGUGUAUUUCUGUACUGAACAGGCUGUGGAUGUUAAAAACUGUGUGAUUGUAACAUUUAUUAUUUCUAAACCAGCCAAAUACACUUAAAUGAUAUUAAACUUAGACCCGGGGAUGAUUUAAAGUCAUACAGCCUCCUCAAACUUUUAUGAAUAGUUAAAAAUGUACGCACAGUCGCUGGGCGACACUGGGUGUUAUAUAUCCAAAUGUACAUACAUAUGUGCGUGAGUGUGUGUGAGUGUGUGUUUCCUGCAUUAUAACCUCAUUUAUCUCCAAAGUGAUUCUUUACGCCCUGUUUGACCCAAGGUGAAUGUCUUCACUCGAUAUUAUUAUUUACAGUGAUGCUGAGAUAUGUCUAUGGAGAAUUUUACGAAUAUGAAAUGAACAUUGUUCUUUUGAUUUUAACACAGUAUGAUUAUUCUGAUUGUUAUGAUUAUAUGUCCGUCAUUACCAUAUUACUGCUAUUAUUAUGAUGAUCUGAAGUGUAAUAUGAGCCUCUGUGUUUUUUUGUAUGUGUUAAUAUUCAAUAAA